AUGCACCCCACCCUAGAUUUCAACAUGAUAUUAAUAAUAUUCCAAAAUCAAACCACCGUCCUUCUAAUACGGUCAAUUCCCGUACUACAGCAACAAGUUAUACCAACUCACAUAGUCACAGCGGCUACUCUAAUGAUAAUAGAUUUUCUAAACCUCACAAUAAUUCUAAAUACCAUAACAUGCCAGAUCAAUAUGAAUCUUAUCGUAAUGAACCUACUUGGGAUCAACCCAUGGAAGCUUCAUCUCCUUUUAAUAGAAUACCAGAUGUUCACAGGCAUAAAAGAAUGGUACAUAAAAAUAAAUAUGCACCUAAAAAAGGAAUACUUAAAAAAGUAUCUAGAUAUGCUGAUUCUAGUUAUUUGCAUGAAAUUUCUUUAA